GCUGGUGGGGAGGGGCGAAAGGGAGCCAUGGCUUCGGAUUUAGAGGAGAGGGUCCGCGCCGCCGUCAGGGACAAGCUGAUGACGAUGAAAAUCCCAGAGAGAGAAAACGACUUUUUGCCCUCGUCCUGCUGCCUGUUAGAGAAGCAGAGAGAACUGGCCGAAGUGGAGAAGUCUUUCUUGGCCACCAAAGAGGAGUUCCAGAAGAAGAUGGAACACUUGCAGCAGCGACGGCAAGAGCUGGAACACAAAGAGGGUCAACUCAAACAGGCCAUUCUGAAGUUCGACAAGUUCUUGAAGGAGAACGACGCCAAACGGAACCGGGCGAUGCGGAAAGCUGAGCAGGAGAAGCAGCAGGUGGCUGAGAAGGAGGUGGAAGGAGAACACCUCAAGCAGGAAAUGGCCCGGUUGAUGACAGCGAAGACGAAACUUCAACAACGCCUGGCAGCUCAUAAGCCUUUCUCCGAGUAUCUGCAGAAAGUCCUGGGCAAGACGGAGCAGUUUCAGGAAAUCUCGGAGUUGAUCGGUCGCUUCCAGACUCUGAUGGCCACCCAGGCCAGUUUGGUCCAGAGAGAACAAGUUGCCCGUGAAGCCGUGGAGGAGGAGCGCAGGUGCCUGCAGCAGUACAUGGAUGAAAGCAGCAACAGGAUUUUACAGCAAAACAAUCUGGUGGCUCAGCUCCAAGGCCAGCUGGAGCAAAGCCAGGCCAAGUUCCUUGAACUG